AUGAACUUCUACUCUUUCUUCCUUCUCGCCGUUUUGGCUGUUUUCGCUAUGUGAGUCUCUGUAUCUAGCUAUUAUGCACUUACCCUGUAAAGUAGGAUUUGGGUACUACUAGCUGAUUGAAUUUUUGUUCAAGUUUAAUUAUUUUAAACAUUCUUAGGGCUGCCCCACAAAGAGUCAUCGAAAAGACCACCAUCAUCCGCGGAGGACCAUCGUUCGGACGUCCGGGACCAUCGUUCGCCCGACCACCAUCACCACCAUUCAGAGGACCAGCGUUCCAACCAGGACCAGGUCCACAAACCACCAUUGUCAAGACUACCGUCAUCCGCGGUGGAUAA